CAAAACUGGAGAGUCCGGCGCAGUAAGUCGGCGAGUGCGCACUGGAAGAAUAAUGACUCGUGAUUUACACCGAUAAUAAUAAAUAAUUGAACAUAUCGUAUUCACAAAGUUUUUCCGCUUGUUUCUUCUGUUUCGUUGGUUUCUCUCUUCACAUCUGGAUUCUCAAAGAUUUUAACCUUCGUGUACUGACCUCCCGAUACGAUACUCGUGCAAACGACGGAUUUGGGUUGGGUUAACUCUUAAGUGCCAUCUCUAGCGAAUAUAACCAAAUCAGCAAUGGAAACUAGCAUCUCGUAACAAAAAAUACUUUGAGUAUCUCAAAAAAAAAUCGAAAAAUAAUACAAAAAAAUAACCAGCCAUCCUCGUCGACUGGUUUAUUCCAAAAGAUGACUGGGGAUACAUUUGCGUAUCUAUUAUCCUUUGGUGGCAGAUGCUAUCGAAUAACAAGAUCCUUUGGUGGACAACGAUGUUUUCAACAAUUCCAACAGUUUAAACAUAACGGCACGCGUGGUCUGCAUUUCUAUAAGGGACAACGACCUGUCGCUAUUGACAAUAAGUGGAUUUUAGGGCUAUGUGCUUCGAGGAAAUUGCUGCUGCAGACUCCAACCAUCAACUACUCCACUACUAAUACAUACAUCCAGUCUCAGUUGAAAAUCGAGCCAAACAUCUGCAGUUCAGACUACGAUGGCAUAGUGCUGAUAUCGGGCACACCACCAGCCGAAUGCGAGCCAGAGCCGUUCAAGUCGGUGAUCUUUCAGGCGGCGCAAAUCGACAAUGCACUAUUCGAGAACGGAGCCGUAUUGCCGAUCAAUCUGCCAGCCAAACGACUGAUCUAUAGUCCUACUGGACUAAUCAACCCUGACUAUGGCGACGUACGAGCUUUCAGUGAAGCCGCAGUCAAGGGCAUCAAACGGGGAUUGCAAGCUGGUGUGCGUUGCCCGCUACUGGUAUUGCUGCCCGACUCGCGUUUCGAGAACGUAGAGCUAGUGACGUUGCUUGGUGCCCUGGAGGCUCUGUACGUGCCCCUGGAGAUUCGUGAAGAUCUACCCGAACGAUGCUACAAAGCGGCCUGUCUUGGUGUCUGGAGUCCUAUCUGUCCUAAGAAGCUCCAGGGUGUGGUGAAACUGUCGUCUGCGCUAGAGAGCGGCAGAUUCGUCGCUCGUGAUAUCGGUGGCACGGAUCCCGAGCGCAUGGCACCACCGAACGUCGAAAAUUACGUAACGGAAUUGUUUGCGGGUACACGUAUCAGCGUCCAGGUGAUCUCCGACGUACCGACAUUACAGAAAGAGUAUCCAUUGUUAGCAGCUGUAAAUCGUGGUGCAUCAGUUAUACCACGUUACGCUGGUCGUGUGAUCUUUUUGACUUACGAGCCUCAAGAUCCAAGCUGCGUAUUAGAAACUCUAAUGUUUGUCGGCAAAGGUGUAACCUUCGACACUGGUGGCAAUGACAUCAAGAUCAGUGGCGGCAUGGUCGGAAUGAGCCGUGAUAAGUGUGGUGCUGCUGCUUGCGUUGGUCUCAUGCAGACGGUGAAUCUUUUGCAACCACCAACGGUGAAAGUAGUUGUGGCAAUUGGAGUGGUGCGUAACAAUUGCGGUGAAAAUGCUUACGUUGCGGACGAAGUGAUAACGGCCCGUUCGGGUGCGAGAGUUCGCGUUAAUAAUACUGAUGCCGAGGGUCGCUUUGUUAUGGCUGACAUCCUUUAUCAUAUGAAGGAGAUGGCAUUGUGUUCUGUUAAUCCGCACAUCUUCACAAUUGCCACUCUCACUGGACAUGCUUUUAGGACUGCUGGUAAAGGUUAUUCGAUAGCACUAGACAAUUCAGUCGCGAGAACGGAAUCGAACGCCUACAAGUUGCAAGCUUGCGGUGAAGUGAUGGGCGACCCAAUGGAAGUGUCGAUAUUACGCAAAGAAGACUUCGAAGCGCAAAAGGGCAAAUGCGAAGGCGAUGAUGUUAUUCAAUCUGGUGGUAGUAAAGCUCAAGGUGGUCCUACAAGAGGACAUCAAGGACCUACUGCUUUUCUUGUUAUGGCUUCCGGACUUGAUAAGCAUGGAAAAGUUGCUGAUAAGCCAUUAAAAUAUACUCAUUUGGACGUCGCAGCUAGUGCUGGUGAUAUGUCUCAGAAUGCUACGGCAUCACCAAUUCUUGCACUCUCCAAACGUUUCCUCGACAACGAGUUCCACAAAAAUCUCGUCGUUGAUGGCGAACCCAAGAGCCCUGAGAACUAAAUAUUGACCUGGAUGUUUGCCUUUCCGACAGUUUGUUCGUCUUGUUUUGAUUUGUCUUUUAUUGUUUUUAUAAUUUAUCAAAUGCUGAAGCUUUUCAUAAAUAAUAUGUACAAUUUGGAACGUAUAUACCAGUUUUCGUAUUAGACCGUCUUAUUUGGGUUUUUACGUGCAAAGAACGCUCAAUCUGUAAUGAGGUCGCUUACGCGCAAGAGGCGCCUCAGUAGCACCUCGGCUUGUUUCUCGACUCUUGCAGCCUAGGAGGCAGAGAAAAGAAUGGCUCCUGAGCUAUGUCGAAUUCAUUACAACCUGGGAGAAUGAUUCAUGCACGCUCCUUGGUCGUUUUUCGAUCUACUAGUCUUACUACGAUUCAAGUCACGAGGGGCAAAUGGUAACUGUAAAAUCUAAGUGUAGUUGCGUCGUAAGUGACUUCAUUAUUUAUUGAGUGUCACCUCCACGAAAGCUUGAAUAAGCGGCUGAGACAAGUGCAAAUUCGGCUAAGGUUUUAUUUGUAUCGCUAAAAAUAAGAAGACACAGAAAUAACUAUUACAGUAUGCUCGACAUUAUUUUGUAUGUUUACAUUUAUGAACAGGAUUAUAUAUUUUAUAAUCUUCAAUAAAGCAUAUACUU